GGACGCGCUAGAGGUGUCUGAAAUUGUAUCAUCUGCAAGCAGACUUUAGAAGGGACAUCGCCAACUGCUACUCAUCAGUGGAAACGUCAAACAGCACAUCUUGAUAUUCUUUGGAAGACUUCCAUCAUGACUGGAUCGCCAAAGCCAAUGUGACCCGGGAUGAUGCAACUUGUGCAUCAUGCAAGGCAAUCGCCCUGGGAGAUCGUCUGUGAUGUUUCUACCCAUGAUCGACAUGAAUCCCAGCGAUGUGUCAUGUGUCUACUCAACACUGAAAUAUGUAUGUAAGAUUGCACGUCGCCACAAUGUUACACCCGUUAUCACGUUUGAUCAACCACUCUUUGGAAGUCUCUGAUGAUUAUUGUAACCGAGUAAGUGGAAAGUGAAUUGAUAUAUAUUGUCCUUCGUCUGGGAAGUUUUCAUACAGAAAUGAGUUACCUUGGGUGUAUUGGCCAUCUCAUGGCUACAUCUGGAUUACAAGAAUUGCGGCAUUGACUUACGCACCCAAUGCAGUAAUGCACAUGCUGACUGGCAAGACAAUUUCUCGAGCAAUACGGGCACAGCUCAUUGUUGAUGCAGUUCUCAGUGCCUUGGUGCUGGCCAAGACAUUUAAUGUGUCUUUACGGGGAAGUUCAGAUGACCGGAAUGUGGAAAUAGAAGAGUUUUUAGAAGCUACAACGUCAUCACGUGAGAAGUCUGCUAGACAUCCAGACCUGGAUGAAGCUGCUGUUCUCUAUGAAAAGGUGAUGCAAGGUUCGAUGUCUGCAGAUCAAGUUUGCCAGUCUGGUGUGAUAACCAGAAUCGGUGAUGUUCUACAAAGAGAAACCAAAUCUCUGAAGUCAUAUAGGACUGCUACACUUUGGUUGCAGUACAUGGAUAUGGUCGAUAUACUUCGCAUGUAUAUCCGGGAGAGCAUACUGGCAACUGGGAAUUGCAUCUCCAAACUGUUUCAGAAAUGCUCCCUUACUUGGCCGAAUGUGGACAGCCGGGGGGGGGGGGGGUGUCUCACAAGAGGACGAGGGAUAACUGAGCAGCAAUUAACGCCUGACAUGGUUGCUGUCCACGCCAGCUUGUGCUAG